CUUGUCCUGCAGGCAGCAUUCCGGGUGGAGAGUGUGAGAGAAAGAGAAAGACUGGGGAGAUUUUUAAGGCCGUAUACUUUAAAUUGUGUACAGCAAGAGCUAAUCGCUGUGCCCACUGACCCGGUGCGGAGUCUAAGCAGGAUAUGGGCUCUCCAGGCGAGAUCCCGGGACAAAACAUGGAGCUCUAAGUCAGCUCUCUCCAUCCAUCUCUAUUUCCUGCCUUGCCCGCUGCUCGCCAAAACCAUCUCCACUACCCUGCUGUAGCGGUUUGGCUCAGACUCCUUCAAGAAAAGAAGAGGGGGGGAAAAAAAAACCCAAGUGGGAGGGAGCGGUAAACUUUCCCCAGCUGCUGUCCAGACACACACAUGCUGCAUUGCUGCCAUUCCCCAAGCCCUGCUCCAUCCAUCUCUAGGGCACUGCCACUAGCUUGCUAGCGAGCUAGCACUUUGCACAAACACAAGGCCUGUCCUUGGGGAUAAAAAUACAAGCACAAGGCUGUGUGCAAUUGCCUCUUUCUUUUAUCUCACUUUUUCCGGGUCACUCUGCCACACACUCGCUAACUGGGGCUCCUUUUGUUGAGCUGUCAUUCCUGCUGCAUUGAACGGUGGAGGAUUGCUGGUAUCCAGUCAGUCAGUCAGUCAUUCAUUCAUUCAUACAGACAGGCUGAGGAAGCCAGAGGGGUGGGUUAUCAGAGGCCAGGAUGAUGGAGCCCAGCAUGGAGAACUGCCUGGCUCUGGUCCUGCAGAAGGACAUGGGUCGACGGCUGCAGGUGGGGCAGGAGAUCAUCGAUUACUUCUUGGACAAAGAGAAGUCCCACGACCUGGAGCAAGAUCAGACAGCGCUGGACAAGAUGGUGGACGGCAUCGCCAGCACCUGGGUCAACUCCAGCAACUUCAAGGUGGCUCUGCUGGGUUUGGACCUCUUAUCUGCCUUAGUGACACGGUUACAAGAGAGAUUCAGGGCCCAGGUGGGCACAGUUCUGCCCAGCCUUAUCGAUCGAUUGGGAGAUUCAAAAGACCAAGUGCGAGAUCAAGACCAAACAGUGCUGCUUAAGAUCAUGGAACAAGCUGCCAGCCCGCAGUACGUGUGGGACCGAAUGCUGGGAGGCUUCAAACACAAGAACAACAGGACCAGAGAAGGAGUGUGCCUUUGUCUCAUCGCCACGCUGAGCACAUACGGAGCUCAAGGCCUGACCCUCAGUAAAAUAGUUCCCCACAUAUGUAACCUCCUGGGGGACCCGACGAGUCAGUUUGUCAUCGUGGUGGCAGAUUUGGAUGCCGUCUAUUUUGGUCUUGGCUCUUCUUGCUGCACACAGCGGAGGGAGAGCUUCUCACCCAUAAAGUUGAAUGUAAUCUUCAGUAAAUUUGAUGAAGUCCAAAGAUCUGGGAACAUGAUCCCCUCCUCUGGCUCAGAUAAGAACUUUGAGGAUGAAGACUCUGUGGAUGGAGGCCGGUCCUCCUCUUCUUCUUCGUCCAAAGCGCCCCCCAGUGGCAGGAAGCCUGUAAUGACCUCUGUUAGGAGACCCAGCUCAGCCACAGCUAAGCCUUCAGCUAAAGAAGCUGCUGCCGGUGCUGUUGACGAAGAGGAUUUCAUCAAAGCCUUUGAAGACGUUCCCUCAAUCCAGAUCUACUCCAACAGAGAGCUGGAGGACCAGCUCACUAAGAUCAGAGAAGUGUUGUCUGAUGACAAACAUGACUGGGAGCACCGAGUGGUUGCGCUUAAGAAGGUCCGCUCUGUCAUGAUGGCUGGUGCAACUGAUUAUGAGGGUUUCCCUCAGCAGCUGCGUCUCCUGGAGACGUCUUUAAAGCUGUCGGCUAAAGACCUGCGCUCACAGGUGGUUCGAGAGGCCUGCAUCACACUGGGACAUUUGUCAUCACUGCUGGGAAACAAGUUUGACCAUGGAGCGGAGAGCGUCAUGCCCACACUGCUGAACCUUGUGCCCAACAGUGCCAAAGUCAUGGCCACGUCUGGAAUGGCCGCCAUCCGCCUCAUCCUCAGGCACACACACUAUCCACGUCUCAUCCCCAUCAUCACCAGUAACUGCACGUCCAAAUCGGUAGCAGUGAGACGACGCUGUUAUGAGUUCUUAGAUCUCAUGUUGCAAGAGUGGCACACGAACACACUGGAACGACAUGUGGCUGUUCUGACUGAGACCAUCAAGAAAGGCAUACACGAUGCAGACUCUGAGGCCAGAUCCAUCGCAAGAAAGUGCUACUGGGGUUUCCAUGGACACUACAGUCGAGAGGCAGAGCACCUCUUCCAGGCGCUGGAGUCGACCUAUCAGAAGGCCCUCGCGUCUCACCUGAAGAGCUCCGACAGCAUCGUGUCUCUGCCUCAGUCUGACCGCUCCUCCUCGUCCUCCCAGGAGAGUCUGAAUCGGCCAUUGUCUGUGAAGAGUGUCAUUGGAGGGAGCAUAACCAGAAGUAAGCUUGUGAGCGCCAGGGUGUCUUCGACGCCGGGUUCUCUGCAGCGUUCUCGUAGUGACAUAGAUGUUAACGCCGCCUCCAGCGCCAAGUCCCGUCUGUCCACCGUUCCUGCCUCCUCGCCGUUCGGCUCUGCAGCGGCCCUUCCCCCGGGGUCCUACGCCUCGUUAGAUGGCACUCCUGGUAAAAGUGAUGGUCGCGUUCGUACCAGGAGACAGAGCUCAGGCAGCGUGGGCGGGGCCAGUACCUCGGUGGUGGACAGCAGGGGGCGCAGCCGAGCCAAAGUAGUCUCCCAGUCCCAGCGAUCCAGAUCAGCCAAUCCCAUCAGUGCUGGCAGUCGCUCCAGCUCUCCAGGAAAGCUGCUCGGUCACGGCAGCUACGGCCGGAUCCCUCGAGCUACGGUGUCAGCCGCCAACACACCAUUGGACAAACGCAGCAGAAUCCCUCGCAGCCAGGGCUGCAGCCGUGAGACCAGCCCCAGCCGACUGGGCCUCGCCAGCCUGUGUGGUAAAGCUCUUCUUCCUGCUGCUCUUCCCUACCGCACGCUAGCCCGGAGCCGUAUUCCCCGUCCCAGCAUGAGUCAGGGCUGCAGUCGCGACACCAGUCGCGAGAGCAGCCGCGACACCAGCCCCGCUCGGGGCUUCACUCCUCUGGCCUCCCGACGUCACUCCCGUUCAACCAGCGCUCUCUCCACAGCCGACCCCCACGGCCAGUCAGACCGAUAUGGUUUGAUUCACCAAGCAAGAAUCUCUGCGUCAGUUAACGCCAUGAGGGUCCUAAACACGGGCACAGAGGUGGAGGCAGCUGUAGCUGAUGCUUUGCUUUUAGGAGACUCCAGGAAUAAGAGGAAGCCGUUGAGGCGGAGGUACGAGUCACCGGGGAUGUACUCUGACGACGAUGCCAACAGCGAUGCGUCGAGUGCCUGCUCAGAGCGCUCGUAUAGCUCCAGGAACGGAGGCAUCCCUCAUUACCUCCGCCAGACGGAGGAUGUGGCGGAGAUCCUGAACCACUGCGCCAGCUCCAACUGGUCAGAGAGGAAGGAGGGCCUGCUGGGCCUGCAGAAUCUCCUCAAGAGCCAAAGAAUACUGAGCCGAGUGGAGCUGAAGAGACUUUGUGAAAUCUUUACCAGGAUGUUUGCAGAUCCACACAGCAAGCGAGUGUUCAGCAUGUUUCUGGAGACUCUGGUGGACUUUGUCACGGUGCACAGGGAGGACCUGCAGGACUGGCUCUUUGUCCUGCUCACUCAGCUGCUCAAGAAGAUGGGGGCAGACCUGCUGGGCUCAGUCCAGGCCAAAGUCCAGAAGGCCCUGGAUAUCACAAGGGAGUCUUUCCCAUUUGACCAACAGUUCAACAUUCUGAUGAGGUUUAUCGUGGAUCAGACUCAGACACCGAAUCUCAAGGUAAAGGUGGCCAUUUUGAAGUACAUCGAGUCCCUGGCUCGCCAGAUGGACCCGACGGACUUCGUCAACUCCAGCGAGACUCGACUGGCCGUGUCACGGAUCAUCACCUGGACCACAGAGCCCAAAAGUUCAGAUGUCAGGAAGACCCUUCAUAACUGGGUGAGCGAGGAGCUAGCUGGCAGGUCCAGUUCUGCUGCCUUACUGUCUGCUGAAGGCAACCAGGAAGACAGGUGUAAGCAGGCGGCUCAGGUGGUUCUGAUCUCUUUGUUCGAGCUCAACACCCCGGAGUUCACCAUGCUGCUGGGCGCUCUGCCUAAAACCUUCCAGGACGGAGCCACCAAACUGCUGCACAACCACCUGAAGAACUCCAGCAACACCAGCAGCAGCAGCGUGGGAUCUCCGAGCAACACCAUUGGUCGGACGCCUUCACGUCACACCCCCAGCAGAACCAGCCCCCUCACCUCUCCGACAAAUUGUUCCCACGGAGGACUAUCUCCAAGUCGGUUAUGGGGUUGGGGUGUCGACGGACUUUCAAAGCACCCUCCUGCCCCUCCUCCUCCUCCUCCUCAGCCCCACUCCACCCCUGCUGCCCCCUCCUUAAGGGUCCUGCGCAGAGCAUAUUCACCAAGUAUGAUGGAGUACGACACUGAGAACAUGAACUCUGAAGAGAUCUACAGCUCCUUACGUGGCGUCACAGAGGCCAUCCAGAGCUUCAGCUACCGGAGCCAGGAGGACCUGAAUGAGCCGAUCAGACAGGAGGGCAAGAGGGACGACGCAGCAGGACGAGAAGGCGUAGCGUCCUCUCCCGGCUCAGACGCCCGCCUGGGCUUGGACGUUGUUGAAGGGGGUCGCACCGCCUUGGACAACAAGACCUCACUGCUCAACACGCCUUCGCCCCGCUCGUUCUGUGGCCCGCGGGGUCGGGAAUUCGCACCUUACGGUUACGGCGAAACCAUCUGCACGUAUGACAAGAGCGCCCUGAAGGAGGCCGUGUUUGACGACGAUGUGGAGCAGUUCAGAGACUGCCGACGUCAGGAAAGCGGUGAAAACAAGAUGACGCUCCCCAAGGUCUUUGGACCCGUUAAAGUCGGUCAGGACCACUCAGACAUGGUAGCGGACCUUCUUAAGGAACUGUCCAAUCACAACGAGCGUUGCGAGGAGCGUAAAGGCGCCCUGGUGGAGCUGCUGAAGAUCACACGAGAAGACAGCACGGCCGUGUGGGACGAACACUUUAAAACCAUCCUCCUCCUGCUGCUGGAGACGCUGGGUGAUAAAGAUCACACCAUCCGAGCUUUGGCCCUUCGUGUGCUGAAAGAAAUUCUGAGGAACCAGCCGGCCCGCUUCAAAAACUAUGCCGAGCUCACCAUCAUGAAGACCCUGGAGGCUCACAAAGACUCUCACAAAGAGGUGGUGCGUGCAGCAGAGGAGGCAGCUUCCACGCUGGCCGGCUCCAGCCAUCCAGAGCAGUGCAUCAAGGUCCUGUGUCCUAUUGUGCAGACGGCUGACUACCCCAUCAACCUGGCUGCUAUCAAGAUGCAAACCAAAGUCAUUGAACGCAUUGCCAAGGACUCCUUACUGCAGCUGCUGCCCGACAUCAUCCCGGGACUCCUGCAGGGCUAUGACAACACAGAGAGCAGCGUUCGCAAGGCCAGCGUGUUCUGUUUGGUGGCUAUCUACUCGGUGAUUGGCGAGGACCUCAAACCCCACCUGGCACAGCUCACGGGCAGCAAGAUGAAGUUACUGAACCUGUAUAUCAAACGAGCCCAGACCACCAACAGCAACAGCAGCAGCUCCUCCGACGUCUCCUCCCACAGUUAAUCCAGGAAGUCGUGAUCUGGAAACUCUGAGGGACAGCGUUCAUGGAUCUCCACUCGCUCUUCUUUCAGACCUCUGAGCUUCCCCCUCCUCCUCGUCCUCCUCGUCAUGACUAGAGCUCAACUUACUCCGCUCACGCUUUCCUCCUGAUUCGAGGAGAUCCCUUCAGCCACAUGUUCGUCUUUCGGAUCCUCUUCUCCAUUUUAGCUCCAGAAACGUUUGAAUGUAACUGCGGAUCAGUUUGAAAAUCUGGAGGAGGAGUUUAUGUGGAUAUAGAAAAUGCCUUCUUUUUUUUUUUUUCAUCCUCCACAACCUGAACACCACCUUUCUUCAAAAAAACAUAAAUGUUGUCCUCGUGCCCUCAGAAUUAAAAUCAUCAGGAGUUGGUAGAUUAGAGGAGGGAAUGUUGUUUCUGUCAACUUCACUUUAAGUUUAGCAUGAAAUGUCAUUUGGCUGGCCCAGUGAUGGUAAUACGCCCCUCUGGAUUGGGAUGAAUUCUCGUUCUUUGAGUGUAAAAAUCAAAAAAAAAAAAAAGUGAUGUGUAAGGGAACAUCACGCUGGAAAAUGUCAGAGCAUAUUUAGUUCCCUUUAUUGAUCAGGAUAGCGACUCAGGCGCCUGUAUGUGGAGGGCUUUUUUGUUUUUUUUAAAGCUCAUUUGUAAUUCAGGGUGGCUCAACCAAUUGAAUCCUUCACUAAUGAAAGUGUUAAAUUAAACAAGUUGCCAAAAGAUACAUUUCCAGCGACAGAAUUGACAAUCCUUUAAGUUCUGUGCAGGUUUUUGAAGUAGCAGACGAUGUUAAACUGAGCUGAUGGAAAGUUACAUUGCCUGUGUUUUCACACUGAAAAUACUUUGAUUUAUUGAACAGCUAUUUUUGUUUUGUUCGGAUUGCUUUUGGAAAAAAAAACUGUUGCCUGCGGUUUGCCCAGUUUUUGGCAUCUUACCCUGUAAAUCUCUGAGACUGCUGCUCGAGUGGAGCGCCGGCUUGAAGAGGAAGUCUCUUGUAAAUACUGCACAUGUGGAUUUGAGAGGGAGACCCAUGAUCCAAGUCAUUCAUGAAAGACAUUCCCAGGCCUUAUUCACUUCACAUACACACUGAUAAUGUUUGCUGACCGGGGCUGCAGAGAGUGAAUGACAUGUACGGUACUGUAACUGUCGGCUCUCUAAAAGAAAUGUGAAUGUGCAGGAAGAAGGAGCCCGUGUGUGUUUGUCCGUGUGUGUGUGUGUAUGCGUGUGUGUGUGUGUGUGUUCUGGACCUGUGAUGAUACAAACACAGUAUUAGUCGUUUCCUCCGGCCUCCUACACGUAACCACAGCUUCUGCAAUGAACUCACAAACAAAGGUAUUUUGUACAUACACUUUUAGACCACUGCUUCGCAAAAAUUUGUUUAAAAAAAAAAAAAAGAAGAGUGAAAAGUGAACAUCUCACUUUUUUUGCACGUUACCCAAAUAGCUUGCAUGAAACCUGCAGCACACGUGUCAACUCUGUGCCCCUGAGGUUUUUUUUUUUUUUUUGGUUUUUUUUGGCUGUUAAAGUGCACUUGUUACAUCAUCAGAUUACUCAUCUGUAAUUUAAUGUUUCAGUCGGUGAGUUCAGUUGUCCCUUUAGCCACACACACAUGUGGAAGGUACGAACGGAGCAGGAAGUGUGACCUGUGUCACGUUGAAGGUUUAAACUGGUGAAAAGAAGCUUUCAAGAAAACCUCUUGGCACAGAUUUUACCUUUUAUUUUUUAAGAAUAAUUCCAUUUAUUUGUUAUCAUGGACCCUGGUUUGAAUUAAUUUGGAGCCUUUUUUAAGGUUUUUUUUUUUUGGGGGGGGGGUUUCCUUUAUGGGAUAGGACAGCUGAAGAGAGAGAGGACAUGCUGGGAGUAGCGAGUGGGGGAUGACAUGCAGAAAAGGGCCGAGGUCCGAUUUAAUCCCACGGCUGCUACGAUGAGGAUUUACAGCCUCUGUACAUGGGGGCGUGGGACAUCACCGCUGGCCCCAUGUGGGAUCUUUUUGACUGAAAGGUAAAAAAAAAGUUUUUAAAAUUGCUCCAGUAGAUUGCUUCAGCCGACGGUUUUGAAACAGACUGACAACACAAUCACGACUGCACUCGAUAGAAGAUGUAAAACCAAGGUGUCUGACAAUCUCUGGAAAAGAUUCCAACAGAUAUCAAACUUUCUUCUCAGAGGAAUCAGAUCGUAGUCGCUCCGUUGCUCUCGUCAGAGCUGCCGGACUCCGUUGACAAGAACAGUUUAUUCAACUUAGCAAAGCAUGGGAGCUGCUGAUCUACCGCUGCCUCGACUUGUUAGUCUGCUUUUGUUAUGAGCUGCGAUGUUUGAAACGCUUUGUUCUGAAACGACACCAUAUUUGUUGUACACGUAGCAUUUCAUAUGAAAACACUGAGGUAGAUAAGCCCCCUCCCUUGCUCUGUGUGGUCAGUCGUUUUUUUUUACGAGUGGAUUCUGGAGGCUUUGAAGAGAGAGAGGAAAAGUCCGCUUGUGAGUUUCAGUUGUUUUCUCAACAUCUCGUCUUAAUUAUCUCGUCAUCUCAGGAUGAUAAUGCUGAAUUUCCCGUGAUAACAAGUGGAUUUCUCGAGAUCUGGAGAAAAGUCGUCAUCACAGGAAAACCAGAGUUUUUAUCCGGAGAGAACGAGAUAAAUACGUCGAGAUCUCUAAAUAAGAGUUAAAUAAAAACGUAUGGAUAUCUGUGGAUGUACAUUCUUACAACGACCCAGAGCAUUACAUCCCAGAAAUUUGAGUUAUUUCACUGCUGCCAACUGAAGAAAUCGAAAGGUGCAGUCCUUUAAGUUUUUAGACCUUUACGCCAUUUCGCCCACAGAGAACGGAGCAACGAGGUCAAGUUUAUAAAGGCAGCGUCCCCCUUUCAAGUUUUAAAAUGUUUGCUUCCUGCAGGAGGAUCUCUCUUCAAAGUCAAGCUCUCCCCCGAUCAAGAAGAGUUCGCCCAACAAAUCUGUUUUUUAUUCUUUUAUAUUUGGUUGUGGGUUCAGUAAAUCUCAUGUCAGGAGCGAUUAUGACCCCUCUUCACUCUCUUUUUUUCCAAAACGUCUAAAUUAGUUAUGAGGUUGAUAAUGAAAUGAAGCUGGUUUUGCCCGGACACAGUGAGAGACUCACAGUUUAAGGGAAUAGGGAUGGCUUUGUCGGGUUUAUUUAAUGAAAUUAAUGUUUUCAUUUGAUGUACUGGUACUGACACACAACAUGUAGCCCUGUGCAACAGAUUCCUGUAAGCACUCAAACGUCCCCUUUUCUUUCUCCUGGUCACUUCAAACCUUCAACCCGCCUGGUUUUCUCCCCCUCAUGAGAGUUCAUCCACACGGGGCUUUAAAACAACACAUGUCACUCAGCCAACAAACCGAUCACUCGCCUCUGUUGUCCUGGAAACCGAAGAGAUGGGAAACCCUGCAAACUGUUCACUAUGCAUGUUCCACAGUCCUUCUUCUUUUGGUCUCAGUCGCUCAUGUAAUAUUCAACCCUGUAUUUAUAUAUUUUAUUUGUUCUCCUAUGAUGAACUGUACAGAACUUUUCUUUUGUUUACUUCCACCUGUGAUAGAUUUGCAACAAUGUAAAGAAAUUGUUUGCUCUAGAAAUAAACAAAGAACUGAUGUGCG